CACAUUUGUAACAUCCGCACAAAAAUAUUAUAUAAUACAGAACUUUAUAAUUUCGGCAGCAAAACAUAUCACUUGGCAUGGCUGACAAACCCGCACAACAAAAGAUUACCCUCAUCCCCUGGGACCCUGAGUCGCAAGAGCACAUCGACAGGCUCUACAUACAGCGUGUAGCCUGUGGAUGGAAGGCCGAUAAGAUUGAGAAGUGGCGCAUCUGCCAGAGAGAUGGGUCUAUGUCUCUUCACUGGGUUGUCCUCGACCCUUCCGAUCCACAAACGGCCGAUCGGAUUUCCAAACAUGUCGCCACUCAGCCAGACGAGACCACUCCCCUUGAAGACUCAGCCGUAGCCGUCGGCGGCCGCCCUCGAGAUUCUUCCUCCUCGCGUUCGCUGGUACCUUUCAUGCCUGUAGGCCACAUCAGUGUAGACACUGUAGCCUCCACACCGGAGCCAACUGCCCUCUUAGCCGAUCCAGCAAACCAUCGCUUCCACCUGUCAGCCUUCUACAUCUCCAAGGCCAUCCAGGGCGGGGGCCUCGGCAAUACAACGAUGAGGACGGCUGAGCACAUGGCUGCUAGCGUUCUCGGCGCCAAAGUCAUCACGCUCGACACGUGGGAUCGGAGGCUCAUCAUUGGCGACGAGAAGAAGGAGUGGCGAGAGAAGUUUGAUUAUUACUCGACGGGGGGUUUACUUAUGAAAUUUGACCCCCAAGGCUGGUAUCAGAGGCUCGGGUACAAGGUUAUUAAGGAGAUUGAGGAGUUCAAUUCAACCAGUGGGUAUUGUCUGAAGAGGCCAGACGGUCAGGCCUGGUGCAUUCCGAGCGUGUAUAUGGAGAAGGCGGUGGUAUAGGCGCAGGACAGGUCUGCCUGGUACUAGGUGUCAGCCAUGUUGAUUAGAACAGCGAAAUAGACGUGUUUGGAUAAAGUAUCAUAGCCAAACCAUCCAUACAAUAGAAUGGGGA